AUGAAAACCAUUCUGCGCACGCCAGGCUGCGCAAGACCCCAGAAGGGCUUACCCCACCCAUAUCGACCUAGAGUACACCUAGCAGUGACCUUUCCUAAUCCCGCUCAGCACCCGGCAACGCCACGACGCAGCAUUCCUGCCUACAGCUUCUUCGAUGGCCUUAAAAACCUGUUGCCGGGAAGCGGCGGCAACAAGACUCAGCCCAGCAGACAACAACAGGAGGAGCCACUGGAUGAAGAGGAGGAUGAGGGUUCUGAGAUGAUGCGUUUGGACUCAGAGAGCGGCGGGCUGGCUGAGGACCAGAGCGCGUUCGGUCCGCUGGCGGUCCUGCUGGUGGGGUUCAUGGCUGAGGAGGUGGAGCAGUUCCGUGGGCUCAUGUUGGAGAUGGAGGCGGACAUGGUCAAACAAGCGUUGGAGACGGAGUUCCCACAGUACGAACAGCCGCCACUGGGCACCCGACGCACAGUCUUUCUGAGCGGUAUGAUCGGAGCUGAAGUGGUGGAGGUGAUUGCGGCGUACCGGGAGGCGGGCAUGCCCCCGACUGUGUGGGCUGCUGCGGUUCCCAACAACUACACCCGGGUGGUGAGGGAGCUGGUGGAGGAGGUGCAUGCGGAUAACGCCGCGAUGAUGCGGCGAGCUCAGGAGGAGCAGGCCCGUCAGGCGGCGCUGCAGGAGCUGGAAGGAGAGGAAAAGCAGCAACGGUAG